AUGGGGCAAGACAACGGCUCCACCUUCACAACCCAGAAGCGAUCCAGCGGCGGCGGUUCAGCGUUGCCCACCACCAACGGAAGAGCAGCAGGCGCCGCCGCCCGUACAAUGAUCCCUCGCGGCAGGCAGAUCCACAAGACCUUCAACAACAUCAAGAUCACAAUCCUGUGCGGCUUCGUUACCAUCCUCGUCCUCCGUGGCACAAUCGGAAUCGGCAACUUAUCCAGCUCCGAAGCCGACGCCGUCAACCAAAACCUCAUCGAAGAGACCAACCGCGUACUUGCCGAGAUCCGCUCCGACAAGGACCCCGACGAUCCUGCCGACUCCACCGACGAGCCCCAAUUCCUCUCCCUCAACGACACCUACACCCUCGGCCCCAAAAUUGUCGGUUGGGAUCAACAGCGUAAGGUAUGGCUCUCCCAAAACCCUGAAUUCCCCAGCUCCGUCAACGGCAAACCUCGAAUUCUCCUCCUCACCGGCUCCCCUCCAAACCCAUGCGACAACCCCAUUGGGGAUCAUUACUUGUUGAAGGCCGUUAAGAACAAGAUUGAUUACUGUAGGAUUCAUGGGAUUGAGAUUGUUUACAACAUGGCUCAUUUGGACAAGGAGCUCGCUGGGUACUGGGCAAAACUGCCCAUGAUUAGGCGGCUCAUGUUAUCUCAUCCUGAAGUGGAGUGGAUUUGGUGGAUGGAUAGCGAUGCUAUGUUUACUGAUAUGGUGUUUGAGGUCCCUCUCUCCAAGUACUCUAACCAUAACCUGGUGAUCCAUGGCUACCCGGAUUUGCUAUUCGAGCAGAAAUCGUGGAUUGCAUUGAACACUGGUAGUUUCUUGUUCAGGAAUUGCCAAUGGAGUCUUGAUUUGCUUGAUACAUGGGCUCCAAUGGGUCCAAAGGGCCCGAUCCGUGAGGAAGCAGGGAAAGUGUUGACUGCUAACCUGAAAGGGAGGCCGGCAUUCGAGGCUGAUGAUCAGUCUGCAUUGAUCUAUUUAUUGCUCUCACAGAAGGAGAAGUGGAUGGACAAGGUGUAUGUGGAGAAUCAAUAUUACUUGCACGGGUACUGGUUAGGUUUGGUGGAGAGGUAUGAAGAAAUGAUUGAGAAGUAUCAUCCCGGUUUGGGAGACGAGAGAUGGCCUUUCGUAACUCAUUUCGUUGGAUGCAAGCCUUGUGGGAGCUAUGGGGAUUACCCGGUUGAGCAGUGCCUGAAGAGCAUGGAGAGGGCUUUCAAUUUUGCCGACAAUCAGGUGCUUAAGUUUUAUGGGUUCGGACAUAGAGGGCUGUUGAGCCCCAAGAUCAAGAGGAUCGCAAAUGAAACUGCAACUCCAUUGGAGUAUAUGGACCAAGUUGAUAUUCGUCGUCCGGUCCACGGGGAUGAGAGCAGCGGAUCUAGUGAAACAAAGAGCUAA